AUGGCUUCCUCUAGUGCUACUCAACCUCCUGUGGACAUUGUCCCCGCCGAUGCACGCUCAAUUUCGGAUGACUCCGACUCUGGUAACGAGGAGGGCUGGGAAGAUGUUGAGCCCGAAGAUGAUUCGCAGCCCGUUGUUGGGCUCUUCACCGAGCAAGUCUUCCCUGAUGUGCGCUCCAUGCUGCAGGAGUGCAAGGAGAAGCACAGCUUCGACUUGUUGAAGAUUCAGAAGGAACUUGGCCUGGACUUCCUCGAUACUAUCAAGUUGGUUAACUACGUGCGUUCCGAGGUGAAGGCUGGAAACAAGACCCCCGAUGUUUCUUCCAAGGCCAAAUUCGCCGACGAUGCAUUCAUGAAGCCCGUUUUGGAGGACGAUGCUCUUCUAUACAGCCUAGAUGAUAUUGCGGAAGACACCGAGGCCGCACCUGGCAACGACGCGGAGCGCAAAGUCAUUGAACUCCAGGAAGAUCUUGAGCGACUUCAGACUCAAUUCUCCGAAUACAGACUCGCCGUGCAGAAGUCGCUGGCCGACCAGUUGAACAAGGAGGAUGAGAAGCUUGAGCCUGGUGCCUCUGUGAAGAAGUCUCCCGCUGACAAGAUCGAGGAGGCCGAUGAGGGCUACUUUACUUCUUACGCCUACAACACAAUCCAUGAGUCCAUGCUGAAGGAUACUAUUCGUACCGAUGCUUAUCGUGACUUCGUCUACGAGAACAAGCAUGUCUUCAAGGACAAGGUUGUUCUGGAUGUCGGCUGUGGAACCGGUAUUCUGUCUAUGUUCUGCGCCAAAGCUGGUGCGAAGAAGGUCAUCUCAGUUGACAACUCGGACAUCAUCGACCGUGCCAAGGAAAUUGUGUAUGACAACGGUCUCGGCGACGUUAUCACUCUGAUCCGCGGCAAGAUUGAAGAAGUCACCCUUCCCGUCGAGAAGGUCGACAUCAUCAUCUCCGAAUGGAUGGGCUACGCUCUCCUUUUCGAAGCCAUGUUCGACUCUGUCAUCUAUGCUAGGGACCGUUACCUCGCCCCCGACGGACUUAUGGUUCCCUCUCACGCCACUCUGCGGAUCGCUCCUUAUGCCGACCCGGACUUCAUUGCGUCCCACAUUUCUUUCUGGGACAAUGUCUAUGGCUUCAAGAUGAACCCCAUGAAGCUGAACAUCUACGAAGAGGCUCUCGUUCGCUGCACCGAGUCCACAUCAAUGGCUGGUGACUCAGCUGUCUUCUUGCCUUUGCCCUUGCACACCAUCACUGUCGAUGAGUUGACCUUCGUGAAAGAGUUCCAGGUAACUAUCAACCAGGAUAUCGACGCUCUUGAUGGCUGGGCUAUCUGGUUUGAUAUUUUCUUCAUGCCGUCCAGAGACACGAUAGUCCCCGACAAUGCCAUUCCCUCGGAGAUGCAGAAGAAGGGCAUUGUGGCCUUUACCACCGGGCCCGAUGGAACCCAGACUCACUGGAUGCAGACUGUGUGCCUCAUCGACCACGGAAAGCACACACCUAAGCCUCUUAAGAAGGGACAGGUCCUCACCGGCAAGAUUGGCUACGAAAAGAAGGAGAAGGGGUCUCGCUUGCUGAACCUUGACAUCGAGUGGCAAGAUGAGAACACCAAGAGUGCCCAGCACUGGUCUCUUGCAUAA